ACUAUCUCCAUUGUUUCAGUUCAAAUGGAAGUGGCAGUAGUAUAGUAGCAUCCUCCUCGAUGGCCCUUAACUCACAAGAGUUCCACACCCUACUUGAGCAAGCAUUAUCAUGCAGGUCUCCAGCCGCUCAACUACAAAUCAAGGAGAAAUGUCGCAAUAUGUUUAGCGAAAACCUUGUCGAGCAUCUUCAGGGAUCUAAACUGGGCACUCAGAAGAAUGAGAUGUGUGAAAUACUGUGCUUGUGGAUACUCGAGCCUCAUGAAAGAGAAGCUCUUGUGGCAAAGGAAGCAAUUGAGCAAAGAGAUCAAGUUGAUUACAAGGCUCUUGUGGAGAUCUACACACUUCGAAAGUCUAACCAAUUGUUUCUCACCAAACAAGCAUAUCUGAAAAGGUUCAAGAGACACUUGGACCAAGAUAUUAUCUCUGAGUCAGCCCACUCUUAUCAAAAGAUUCUUGAAGCAUUAGCAACAUCUCAUAGGUCACACCAUGCAGAGACUAGUCAUCACAUUGCAAAGUGUGAUGCCAAAAGGUUGUAUGAAGCUGGGAAGGGAAUCACAGGGUACAUAGAUCAGUCUAUCAUACUUGAGAUUUUCAGCAAGAGGAGUAUUCCUCAACUUAGACUCACAUUUUCUAGCUACAAACAUAUUUAUGGACAUGAGUACAUCAAGACACUGAAGAAGGAAAAUAGUGCAGAGUUUGAGGAAUCACUAAGAGUUGUUAUCAAAUGCAUGAAUGACCCUACAAAAUACUACUCAAAGAUGUUGCAUAUGAGCAUGAAAGGUGGGCUGAAGAAUAGAAGUGCAUUGUCAAGGGUGAUGGUGGGAAGCACAGAUGUUGGCAUGGAAGAUGUGAAAAAUGAGUUUCAGAGGAGGUAUGGGACUAAGUUAGAGGAUUAUAUUUGUGAGAGUAUUCCUGUUGGAGUUUAUAAAGACUUUUUAUUAGCUUUGGUGAAUAAUUGAGGUUCUUGUUCUUCUUCUGCUUUGAAAGUUGUGGAGAUUUAUUUGGUGUGUGUAUUGUAUUAGUGAUAGCUAGUGCAAAGAAAAAGGGUUGUGGAGAUCUUUUCUUAUUGUUUCUGUCAUGUAAAAAAAACUUUUGAUUGAUCAAGGGAAAAGUUUUUUGAAAAGAAACAAAAACA